AUGCCUGAGUACAAGGGACACUGCCACUGCGGCCAGAUCGCCUGGACCGCCGACAUUCCCGAAGAGAAGCACAUCCUCUGCCACUGCGGGGCCUGCAAACUCCAGGGCGGCGGCGAAUUCACCCUCAACCAAAUCAUCCCAAAGAGCAACUUCCACCUUACCAAAGGAGAUUUGAAGGUCUACACGUACAAAGGCGAUUCUGGAAACACCGUCGACUGCUUCAUGUGUCCCAACUGCGGGAGCUCUCCAUAUCACCAUCAACAUGUGAUGGGCGAUGACAAGAUCGUCAUCCGCACGGGCCUGCUCGAGGGCUCCGACAAAUGGGGCAAGCCCGCCGCCGAGAUCUACGACAAGGAACGUCCAUCCUGGCUACCACAGACGGGCGAGAACAGUUUCCCCGAGGUGCCUCCUUCGUAA